AUGCCAGCCUCAUCGGAUGUUCCAAACGGCGGCAGCGGUGGUGGUACGACCCCCCAUAACUCCAAAUCGCCCCCUUCCAUCAUAUCGCUCCCGCCCUCCCCACCUGCACUAACCCCACAACAUCGACGGACUUGUCGGCGACGGGCUACCAUAGCAGUUGUGACGAUAUGUCUCCUACUCACAGCUGUGAUUGUCCUCCAAAUUGUCAUUGUCGGCCUCAUCCUCAACUCCCGUCUUGUACAGAAUGCCACCGGCGUCCCGCCAUUUGUACGCAGUCAGACCUUCAACGAAGGCGUCGUGAUUGAUGGGGGCGCAAAUGGGCCAUGUCGUGUUGACACACUCCUUUCACUUGAGAGGCUCUGGAAUGACUACUUGGCGUAG